AUGGAGGCAGCAUCAACAUACCUAAGCGAGGAUUUGGUUGCUGAAAUCCUGUCGAAGCUGCCCGUGCAACCCUUGCUUCGUCUGAGCUUGGUCUGCAGAUCAUGGCGGUCCCUCAUCCUCACCCCCAAAUUCCUUUCCUUGCACCUCCGCCAUAACCGCCGCACCGCCUCCCAAAUCGUGCUAGCCGACGACAGUUGUACGGAGACGAAGCGCCACGACCUUCGACUCCACGCGCGCUACUGGUUGCUGGAUGACGAUCAGCAUCACAGAUUGCGGCCGCUGAAUUGCCCCUUCGAGUACCCAUGCUUCACCUGUCACAAGAUUGUGAGCACCAUCAACGGCUUGAUAUGCAUAUCCGGAUCGGGAGAAACCUCUGGGAAUUCUAGAAAUUCCCUACCCAUCAUACUAUGGAACCCCAGCGUGCGGAGGCAUGUGGUCCUACCAGAUUUCCCGCCCCUCGAUGAAGGAGAACGAGCAGCCUACUACACAUCGGUCCAGUUGGGAUACGAGGCCACCACCGACGACUACAAAGUUGUGGCCGUGAGAAGCGGUAGGGAUGUACGAGGACAUUUGGCGGCCCAUGUUUACUCGUUGAAUUCAAAUACGUGGCGGAGGGUGGACGUGGGCCCUGCAAUGCGCGCAGGAGGAGGAUUCAGGAGUCUACAUUGCACGGGUGCUUUCUUGAGAGGCAAGAUCCAUUGGCUUGUCCAACGCGACAAUGAGAUGGAGGUACGAUAUGGCUUUUGGUGCUGCCUUUAUUCCUUCGAUGUGAAGGAUGAAGUUUUUGCAAAGAUGGCGUUGCCACCACAGGACCCGACCCACAAUUAUUUUCCGCAUGUUACUGUAGUGGAGGAGUCGUUGUGCGUGAUUGAUUCUCCGACUUUGCCUUGUACCAUUUGGAUGCUCAAGGAAGAUUGUUGGACCAAAUUGUACAGCCUCGACCGCAUCGCCGAAAAUAUAUCGGCUAAAUUAGCUGUCUGUUUGAAGAAUGGUGAGUUCCUCUUGGACACGAGCAUGAAAGGCGAUAAAUGUUGGACCUUCAAAGUGUAUGAGCCUGGAACGAGACAGUGUACACUUGUUCAGACACGCCCCGGCCAAAAUUAUUAUGUGGCUCUCGCGAUGGUCAAUCACCACGAAAGUCUUGUUCUGCUCGACCGCCGCAUCAGGGCAGUGCGUGCAGAGGAUGAUCCAAGCACAAGUAGGGGAAGAGUCCAGAUACAGCAAAGCUGUUGGUCUUGUGAAGCAGCAUCAACAUACCUAAGCGAGGAUUUGGUUGCUGAAAUCCUGUCGAAGCUGCCCGUGCAGCCCUUGCUCCGUCUGAGCUUGGUCUGCAGAUCAUGGCGGUCCCUCAUCCUCACCCCCGAAUUCCUUUCCUUGCACCUCCGCCAUAACCGCCGCACCGCCUCCCAAAUCGUGCUAGCCGACGAAAGCUGUACGGAGACGAAGCGCCACCACUAUCAAGUCCACGCGCGCUACUGGUUGCUGGAUGACGAUCAGCAUCACAGAUUGCGGCCGCUGAAUUUCCCCUUCGAGUACCCAUAUUUCACCUCUCCCAAGAUUGUGAGCACCAUCAACGGCUUGAUAUGCAUAUCCGGGUUGGGAGAAACCUCUGGGGCUUCUAUAAUUUCCCCACCCAUCAUACUAUGGAACCCCAGCAUUCGGAGGCAUAUGGUCCUACCAGAUUUCCCACCCCUCGAUGAAGGAGAAGAAGCAGCCGUCGUCUACACGUCGAUUGAGUUGGGAUACGAGGCCACCACCGACGACUACAAAGUUGUGGCCAUUAGAAGCGGUAGGGAUGUACGAGGACAUUUGGCGGCCCAUGUUUACUCCUUGAAUUCAAAUACAUGGCGGAGGGUGGACGUGGGCCCUGCUAUGCGCGCAGGAGGAAGAGAAAGGAGUAUACAUUGCACGGGUGCUUUCUUGAGAGGCAAGAUCCAUUGGCUUGUCCAACGCGACUAUGAGAUGAAGAUGGCGUUGCCACCAGAAGACCCGACUCGCGAUAUUUAUUGUCCGCAUGUUACUGUAGUGGAGGAGUCGUUGUGCGUGAUUGAUUCUCCGACUUUGCCUUGUACCAUUUGGAUGCUCAAGGAAGAUUGUUGGACCAAAUUGUACAGCCUCGACCCCGUCGCCCAUAAUAUAACGGCUAAAUUGGCUGUCUGUUUGAAGAAUGGUGAGUUCCUCUUGGACACGUACAUGAAAGGCGAUGAAUGUAGUUUCACCUUCAAGGUGUAUGAGCCUGGAACGAGACGGUGUACACUUGUUCAUACACGCGCCGACCAACAAUCUCAUGUUGAUCUCGCGAUGGUCAAUCACCACCAAAGUCUCGUUCUGCUCGACCGCCGCAUCAGGGCAGUGCAUGCAGAGGAGGACCCAAGCACGAGUAGGGGAAGAGUCCAGAUACAACAAAGUUGUUGGUCUUGUGAAGUUCUAAUCACAAAAGACACAACUAAUUAA